AUGGCCGACCCUUCGCCAGACAUUAUUUUGGAACGUUCAUUGUAUUACGGCAUAGUGUUUAUGUCCAUCUGCUAUGGGCUUCUCGUCUAUAUGUAUGCCCACUCCCUAGUCUCCUACCUCAAAAGUUCGAAGUCAGACAGACGUCUGCACACCACCUACAUAGUUUUCGCCACCGUGUCCCUUUCCCUGUGCACUAUCGCAGUAUUCGUCAACGUUGUCUUCAUGCAAUUCAUGUGGAUCGAUCACCGGGAUGUUGAAGGCGGGCCAUUCGGAUACUUCGUGGCAAACAAUGCAAUAUGGUUUCAAGUAUUUGGGACAGCGGCAAGCCAAGUUCAAAACUUCAUGGCCGAUGGUCUUCUGCUCUAUCGGUGCUACCUCAUAUGGACUGGAAACUGGCUCGUUGUCUCAUUCCCAAUUCUUCUGUACCUGGCUUCUAUCGCGAUGGCAUUGGUGACGCUUGUCCAAAGUGCUCUCCCUGGCAGCCAAUUUUUUCGAGGACUGGCAGUCAACUUUGGAGUGCCAUGGACGUCGCUCUCGGUUUCCUUGAACGUCUUUGUAACCGCCUUGAUCAUCACGCGUCUAAUGGUUCUACGCCAAAAUUGCAAGGGUCUGCUUCCUCGAGAUACCUUGAACAUGUACACCGGUGUCUCCGCCCUUCUUAUCGAAUCUGCUUUGCCAUUCAGCGUGCUCGGCAUAGUCUUCGCAAUCACGUAUGGCAAGAACCUAUCUGUGGGUCCAGCAUUCGCAUUCCUUUGGGGCACAUUCAGCGCGAUCUCACCGCAAUUUAUCAUAUUCCGUGUUACAACUGGAAAAUCCUGGACGCGAGAUCCCAUGACCCAUAUCACAACAGGAAUUACGGAUACGAUCAAGUUCAAACCAGGAGAGUUCCCGCCUUCAUACAAUGGCAACAAGAUGGGAGGAUCGACAACAUUUUUGGAUCCCUCGGUCCCGCGGAGCACAGAAAUCGAAAUCGAGAUGGAGAAAGGUGGAAAGGUGGAUAGUGUCGACGUGUAA